AUGAACUUUCUGUCAAAUCUGAUGUUCACCAGUGUGAUUAUUGCCGGAUUCCUCGGAACAUACAUCUAUGCCGAAGAGCAAGCGCUCCUCACUACACUAAGUGCAAAUGAAGUCGAAAACGAACUGAAGGCGGGAAAAGAGAGUUGCAAAGAAAAUGAGGUGUGGACUACGUGCGGAAAUUUCUGUCCUCCAACAUGCGCCCAGCAAAAGUCAAAACAGUUUCGCUUCUGUAGUCUAAGGUGCGCAUCCCGGUGUGUCUGCAAGGAAGGAUACAUUUAUAAUGAUAAGCAUGAAUGCAUUAGCAUGGAGGAAUGCAUGAACUCGUAAAA